AUGGGAUCGACCACUGCAGAAAAAUUGAGCGAGAUUUUGGUUGCUCAGUAUUUGGCAAAACAUGGAUAUGACGGUGCGCUUUUGAAUUUCCUGAAAGAAUCGGAUCUUUCCAGAUCUGCUGUUCAAAUCGGCAACGAUAACUUCGAGGACCUCGAAGAAAUUGUGGCAGAACGAAUUGAAUUCAACGAAACGAAAAUAAAUGCGCAACUUGCCAAUUUGUCUCUUAACGAUGCGAUUGCUCCACUAGAUCCCAAAUUUUACCUACCGUCGUGGGACCAUACCCAAAAUUUGGUCACAGCAGAUAUAACACAACAACCCGCAUCUUUGGCGGUCGAUCUUUCGUUCACCGGAGAUUCCCAACUCUCUGUCAGCACUGUUGAUCGUAACGUUUAUUACUAUGGAUCUGAUCUGAACCUCGCAAAGAAGCUGAAAAUAAACUCUGGCGUGGUAAAGCGGUGUGGUACUCUUUCGCGGGAUAACGAAACCUGGUAUUUUGCUUGUGGUAUGCAUGGAAACCUGACAAUCUUUGAUAAUAACUUCCAAUUUCUAGUAGAACACCAACUACACACACGCAUUGUCAAAGAUGUCGAUUUCUACCAUCAUAAGGAAACGUCCAAAUGCUAUUGCUUCAGUUCUGGCCUUGAUAACUACGUCAAGGUUCAUCUGAUUGACCUGAAGACCCUCACAACUACUCUCGUUGCGUCUCUGAAGCUCACGACAUCCUGCACGUCUUUCCAGGUCGCACAAACAAAGGAAGAGCUACCGGUCUUACUCCUCACACAUCAGGAUCAUUCUCAGCUUUUCAUCUAUGCUUUAAACGAAGACCAGUUGGUGGAGACACACAAAUUGGCGAUGAGCAAUGCCCAAUUCAGUUCGCAUUCUUUCAAUGUUCAAUCUUCAUGCAUUUUAAGCUUUCGCGACAACAGAACUGACACCAAUCGCGAGCAACUGAAUUUUCAUUUACCAGUUCUGGAAGAUGGAUCCAUGGUGGCCAUUGCUACUUCUCAUGUACCUUACAUGCGAGUGAUAAUACUGGAAUUACCGAUUAUCACUUCACAAUCCACAUCUCGAAUUCACUACGAUAAAAUACUGAGAAACAUGGCAACAAUGAUUCCCCAGGAUUCGUUUUCAAGCGCGAUCUUGAAAAGCUGCCGGCCAUCGAGAGGUUUAAUUGUUGGUUCCGAUUUUGGUGUGUAUGGCAUUGACGUUGCGAAUUGCGACUCCUGGCCAUUAAUUCAAGAGGGAAAGAGAGUGAAAGCUCUAGAUGCUUUCCAAGACCGAUUGGCAAUAGCUUAUGCUAACUCACAAGUAGACGUCUUUUACUGGCGCCAAGAGGCAUAG